UGUUUCCAGGGAGAUCUGCGCUGCACACAGCCCGCGUUCCUUGUGACUGGCCAUAACAACCGAUGUUUACAGUGUGUCGGCGCUUUUAAAAGACACGUUUUGACACUUAAUCUUCCCUUCGUGUAACAUUUUGACGCUUUUCGUGGUUUUUUUUGUAUUUAUAAAGUGUUUGAGGAGGAUGUUUGUGAAGCUCUGUCACAGCUGCUGAGUGUUUUUACGGACACUGGUUGUUAGCUAACCCCCGCUGUUAGUCAGUGAUGGUCACACCUGGGCGACGUUUAUCGCCUCAGCCUGUCUGAAAACACUCUACAUUGUUAGACCCGCUCGGACUCAGGAGAGAUGCCGUCCAACAGACGGAUCCAUAAGAAGGCGCUGAAGCUGGAGUGUGAGUGGAGUCCGUGUCAGGAGUCGUUCAGUCGGAUGGAGAACUUUUGUAAGCAUGCGGAGGGUCACCUUAAUGCUCUAAACAUGGCUGAAGAGGACGAGGAGGAAGCAGAAGCGGAGAGGAACUGUCUUUGGAGAGACUGUGGUUUCUGUUCUCUGGAGGGUCCUGAAGAGUUGCGGAGACAUCUGUUCUUUCACUGUUACCAUACAAAGCUGAAGCAGCUGGGUCAGCAGGUGCUUAACGCCCAGCCGGAGUUAGGCACCUGCUCCAUCGGCUACCACAACCGCAACACCAUCCCAGAAAUCCCUGACAAUUUUAUCUGCCUUUGGGACAAAUGUGAGCAACAACCUUUUGAAAACCCAGAGUGGUUUUAUCGUCAUGUAGAGAUGCACAGCCUGUGCAUGGAUAUACCAGCAGGAGACUGUGAAUUCCCAAUCCGCUGUGGGUGGAAAGAUUGUGAAGCCACUGCUAAAGGGCGUCCUAAGCUGCGGGAGCACCUGCGCAGCCACACCCAGGAGAAGGUGGUGGCGUGUCCGGGCUGCGGGGGGAUGUACGCCAACAACACCAAGCUGUUCGACCACAUCAUACGGCAGAACGCUAUGGAAGGUCAGAGGUUCCAGUGUUCUCACUGUUCCAAACGUUUCGCCACAGAAAGACUGCUGAGAGACCACAUGAGAACCCACGUGAGCCACUACAAAUGCCCGCUGUGUGACAUGACUUGUCCAUCGCCGUCCUCGCUGCGCAACCACAUCAAGUUUCGCCACAGUAACGAGAAGCCAUACAGCUGUGAAUACUGCAAAUACAGGUGUAAGAAUCUGAUCGACCUGCGCAAACACCUGGAUACCCACAGCAGCGAGCCGGCCUUCCACUGCGACUCUGCCGGCUGCAGCUUCACCUCCCGCACCAUCGGCACCAUGAAGAUUCACCACCAAAAAGAGCACGAGGGGAAUUUUGUCCCUCGCUACAAGUGCCACGUGUGUGAUAAGUGCUUCACCAGGGGCAACAGUCUCACCGUUCACCUGCACAAGAAGCACCAAUUCAAAUGGCCCUCUGGACACCCCAGGUUCAGGUACAAGGAGCACGAGGACGGCUUCUUGCGGCUGCAGCUGAUCCGCUACGAGAGCGUGGAACUGACGGAGCAGCUGAUGAGGGAACGGCAAAGUAGGCAAGCGGACGAGGAGGAUGAGGACCAGACUGAAGGCCAGGAGAUGGGGCAAGAGUCCCCGGGCGCAACUCCUUCAGAGCUGCAGGUGGAACUGAGAGGGGUGCUGCUUGAGGAGCAGAGGGCAGAGGAGACCGCCGUCAGCACCGAGGAGGGCAGCCAGGAGGACGGCAUGUUGUACGUUCUCACUGGAGGUUUGUCACAAGCAGGGGAUGACUCCAUCAUGCAGCAGCUCCAGGAUAAUGCUCAGCAGCAGAUGGUUUGACUGCCACAUCAGUCCUGCUCACAAGAAUUACACAUGAAGAGACAAUCUGUCACCAGCUGGGCUGUUUCAGAUUCAUGGCAAACAUAUGAAGGCACUGCAAAUGAUACAUCUGACUGAAGGAAUGUGUACUCCAUCAUGACCUGUAAUGAGCCUAUAUUAGGUAAUACACCUGUGUUUUUAAUGUGUUUUAUUUGUGUGUUGAAGGCCUAUUGGCCAGUAUUUUUACAUGAUUUUCAGUUCGUUCUUUGAAUCUCAUACUGUAAAAUCUUCAGACAGCUGGACAGAUAAUAAUGCUGCACUAUCGAGAGGAAAAUCAUUCUCUGUUUCAGAAGUAGAUCAGCAUGGAACCAUCACAAUGGUGUGUUAGCAUUUACAGUCACUAAUCAUUACAUUUGUGAAAAAUCCAGCAAAGAGGGCUCUACCUCAUCAGCUCAGAGUGUGUGUAUUUUUUGAUGCUUAAACAAACUAACACAAUUGUCUUUAUGCACAGUUAAAUAAAAUGUGUGCUGCACAAAAUUCAGCCUCGUUACUAUAAACAAGUUACUAAGACAGAAAUAUGUUUCUUUU